CCGGGGUUCUGGCGGUGACGUCAUCAUGCCGGGCCAAGCGGUGCUGCUUCCUGCUGCUGCGGCGGCGCUGAGCGUGGCAUGCGGGUGGCUGUUUUGGGGCCGUGGGUUCGAGGCCCGCUCGGGGCCGGUGGUGGUCUUCAGCUCCGAGGAGCUGAGCCGGUUCUCCGGGGUGGAAGGCAGCGCCGGGCUGUACCUGGCAGUCCUGGGAGAAGUCUUCGACGUGCGGAGUGGGGUCAAGCAUUACGGGCCCGGAGGGGCCUACAGUUUCUUUGCAGGCAGAGAUGCCUCCAGAGCGUUUGCCACGGGCGACUUCAGCCCCUCCGGCCUGACGGAUGACCUGUCCGGACUCUCGCCCUCCGAGGUCAUGGCCAUCCAGGAGUGGCUGGACUUCUACAGGAAGAACUACACGCCCAUCGGCAAAGUGUCCGGGCACUUCUACGAUGCCAGUGGGUCUCCUACGGAAGCGCUGCGCCACGCAGAAGCCCUGGCGGUGGAAGGAAGGCGCCUACGGGCCGAGCAGGAGGAGCAGAAGCGGCGCUUCCCGCCUUGCAAUGCCGAGUGGAGCGCCGGAGGAGGAGGGAGCCGCGUCUGGUGCUCCAAGCACAGUGGUGGAGUCCCUCGUGGCUGGAGUGGCGUCCCCCGGAAGCUGCAGGAGGCAGGGUCGGUGGGCUCACGCUGUGUGUGCGUGAAGGAAGAGGAUGCUGCAGAGGCCCCCGGCCUGCAGGAGUACGAGGGGUGCCCCCCGCUCGCCCAGUCUUGCACCAUGAAGGGAUGACGGGGCAGUCAAGGGCCAGUGAAUGCCACCCAGACUCAGUAUUAUUAUUAUGUCCUAGAUAGAUUUGGGGGAGGUUGGACCAUGGGCGGUGGGAUUUGCAACCCCCCCACAAAUGAUGUACCUGGAACAAACUUGAAACACACACACCCCAUGUCCCACUUUAAAUCCUGGUGAGGUUUGGAAGAGGAUGGACCAUGGAUAAUGGGAUUUGCAGUAUCUUGACUCACUUCCAGAGACCACUGCAACCUUCACAAAUGACACAGCUGGACC